UUACGCACAUUCUCCAACUUUGACACAACUCCAGCCACGGGAACUGAAUUCCGUUCUGUUUCUACAGAUGGCAAACCAGUCUUGAGUAUUCAAGAAGUAAUGCAAGAUUCUGAAAAAAUUCGUGCUUUGGCACAUCUGAUCGCUGAACGUGGAGUUGUAUUCUUCCGUGCUGGUGAAAUCAGUGCUAAGGAACAACGUGAUUUGGUUGAUGCUUUGGGCAAGUCUACCCAUAAACCUGCCUCAAGCACACUUCACGUACAUCCUUUGAGCAACGAAGGACAAGAACACGGUGACGAAAUCGCAGUCGUCAGUAACCAUUUCGAUUUCCACAAAGAUGCAAAACGUGAUGGUGAUUCUAUCCUUAACUUGAAGCCUGGAGAUGUUCUAUCAAGACCAUUGCAAAAGAAUCUAUGGCAUACAGACAUCACAUUUGAACCCGUUCCAAGUGACUACGCUUGCUUGUCUAUUCGUACUUUCCCCCGUGAAGGAGGUGGUGACACUCUAUGGGCAUCCGCAUACGAAGCAUAUGACCGCUUGAGUCCUGCUUACCAACGUUUCUUGGAAGGCAUGACAGCCACACAUACAGGACAAUAUUUCACCGACAUUGCAAGAAAGUACAACCUCAAAUUCCGUCAACAGAGAGGAUCACCUGAAAACACUGGUGAUUCGCUCUCAGCCGUUCACCCAGUCAUUCGUACUAAUCCCGUGACAGGAUGGAAAGGAUUGUUUGUCAACAAGGAAUUCACGAAACGCAUCAAUCAACUCACACCUGACGAAAGUGAUAACGUUUUGAAUUACCUAUUCGAACAUAUUUCCGCAAACCACGACUUACAUACACGAUUCCGUUGGGAACCAAACAGUUUGGCCAUCUGGGAUAACCGAUCUUCCCUACAUGCUGCAACAUAUGAUUUAGAUGGUGCUACACGUGAAGGAACAAGAGCAUGCAGCGUUGGCGAGCGUCCUUACUUUGAUGCAAACAGCCUAAGCCGAAGAGCUGCUUUG